AAAAGCAAGUGAGAGAGAGAGAUAAAGUCUUGUCUCGCUAAAGCUAGAGAGAGAGACUAAAAUCAAUAAAAAGACUCCCAAAAAAAGGAAACAAAUGGAGAGCGACGAAGCGGAAGCGGCAGGAGCAGCGUCGCCGAGCGGAGGAACCGUGACACCGGCGCCGAAGAAGAGAGGGCGGAAACCUAAGAGCAAGGAAGAGUCUCAGACGCAGGAGGAGAGGGGUGGGAAAAUGAAGGAAAGCGGGAAGAAAACGAAGCAGGAGGAGCAGAGUGUGGACGAGAAGUACACUCAGUGGAAAGGUCUCGUCCCCAUUCUCUACGAUUGGCUCGCCAAUCACAACCUCGUCUGGCCUUCCCUCUCUUGCAGAUGGGGUCCACAGCUUGAACAAGCAACGUACAAGAAUCGACAGCGUCUUUACCUCUCAGAACAAACUGAUGGCAGUGUGCCCAACACUCUAGUCAUAGCGAAUUGCGAAGUUGUUAAGCCAAGAGUCGCUGCCGCAGAGCACAUAUCUCAGUUCAACGAAGAAGCACGUUCUCCAUUUGUGAAGAAGUUCAAGACCAUCAUUCACCCUGGAGAGGUUAACAGAAUCAGGGAACUCCCACAAAACAGUAAGAUUAUUGCUACUCACACCGACAGUCCUGAUGUUCUCAUUUGGGAUGUUGAAACCCAACCAAACCGUCAUGCUGUCCUUGGAGCUGCUACUUCCCGUCCUGAUUUGAUAUUAACUGGACAUCAAGACAAUGCUGAAUACGCUCUUGCAAUGUGCCCAACCGAACCCUUUGUCCUCUCUGGAGGCAAGGACAAGUCGGUUGUUUUGUGGAGUAUCCAGGACCACAUCACAACGGCUGCUAGUACAGAUUCCAAAUCAUCUGGAUCCAUCAUCAAACAGACUGGUGAAGGUGGUGAUAAGACUGAGAGUCCUUCUCUUGGCCCGCGAGGUGUAUAUCAUGGCCAUGAUGAUACCGUUGAAGAUGUCGCUUUCAGCCCCACUAGUGCACAAGAGUUCUGCAGUGUCGGUGACGAUUCUUGCCUUAUACUAUGGGAUGCAAGAACAGGCACUAGCCCUGUCACCAAGGUUGAAAAGGCGCACGAUGCUGAUCUUCAUUGUGUCGAUUGGAACCCUCAUGAUGACAAUCUCAUCCUGACAGGGUCUGCAGACAACACUGUUCGGUUGUAUGAUCGUAGGAAUCUGACCUCAAAUGGAGUGGGUACGCCUAUUUACAAAUUUGAAGGCCACAAAGCUGCUGUUCUUUGCGUUCAGUGGUCUCCUGAUAAGUCAUCUGUUUUUGGGAGUUCCGCAGAAGAUGGUCUCUUGAACAUCUGGGAUUAUGACAGGGUCAGUAAGAAGUCUGAUCGUGCAGCUAAAAACCCUGCGGGGCUCUUCUUCCAGCAUGCUGGGCACAGGGACAAAGUAGUUGAUUUCCACUGGAAUGCGGAGGACCCUUGGACAAUUGUCAGUGUUUCUGAUGACUGUGAGACUACUGGUGGAGGUGGAACACUGCAGAUAUGGCGGAUGAGUGACUUGAUUUACAGACCGGAAGAGGAAGUUCUGGCAGAAUUGGAGAAGUUCAAGUCGCAUGUUAUGACAUGUGCCUCCAAGCCUUGAGGGGAAGGAAAAUAAAUAAAAGUACCAUUGUCUAUCUGUCUAUCUUAUCCGCCUAUUUGGUGGUUUAGUUGUCGGUUUAGCAAGGAAUCUUGUUUUUGUUGUUUAAAAAAAAAGAGGCUGGUUUGUGUGUUUGAGAUAUUGGUAGCUUUUAAGACCUUUCCAAAUCGUUUAGGGGUACAUGGUUUUGGUUCUGUUUUCUCAAGACUCUUUUAAGUGAUAUUUUCUUCAGCUUAGAUGUUAUUAACCGAAGUAA